CGGGACGCCGCUCCCGCACCGACCGUGUCGGCCGGCCACCUCGCGGUGGGCGGUGGCGCGCUCGCGGGCGGUCCCGGCGGCCGCCACGGGGAAGGGGCGCGAAGAUGGCGGACUUGGUCGUGGGCAAAGAUAAGUGCGGAGAGCAGCGGCUCGUGUCGCUGCCCCUGUCCCGCAUCCGGGUCAUCAUGAAGAGCUCCCCCGAGGUGUCUAGCAUCAACCAGGAGGCGCUGGUGCUCACGGCCAAGGCCACGGAACUCUUUGUGCAAUAUCUAGCCACCUAUUCCUACAGACAUGGCAGUGGAAAAGAAAAGAAAGCGCUCACUUACAGUGACUUAUCACAUACUGCAGAGGAAUCGGAAACUUUUCAGUUUCUUGCAGAUAUAUUACCAAAGAAGAUUUUAGCUAGUAAAUAUCUGAAAAUGCUUAAAGAGAAGAGGGAAGAUGACGAGGAGGAGGAGAAUGACAACAAUGGUGACAGUGAUGACGAUGAAGCCGAAUCCUAAACCAAAAAAGAAGUGCUUUAGAAAUCAGCCUGGUGAAGACCCUCCCGGAUUAGCGCUGCUGCUUUGAAGCAAGCACAACACCGUGCGACUGUAGUCUCUCCGCUUUUCAGAGACUCCAAGUGCAUAGCAUUCUUUCCUGGCUGAGAUCGAGCAUCUAAUGCACCUCCACCAUAAGUAGCUGAAAGGGAAGUAAGCCCGACACAGCCCCUCUGACGGGCCCACACUGCAGUCGGAGGGCACCAAGGAAGAGCUGUCUGUACAGUCGGGCACCGCCAGCCCAGCCGCUGCAGCCGUGAGCAGUGGACGCAAAGACAGUCUUGCUUAACUUGUUAAUUUACAGAUAGAUUUUGAAGAGCUUCUAAAUAUCAGUUGUGUAAAUUCAUAUAUGUAUAUUUUGAAAUUCUUGUAAACAAGUAGAUGCAAUUUUAGCUAAAUAUGUAGUUUAUGGUUAGGAUUUUACAUUUGAGUUUUUG